GACUUGCAGGAUAGAUGCUGACCUACAGACGACUCCUGCCAAACUCCGCCUGUAAGAACAUCUUUCCCUGAGUUAUUCAAGACCAGGAGCCAGUAUAUCUCUGUGGCAUCUCCUGGACCUGGCCUGCUUGGAGUGAAAACGCAAUAUGUCUGAAAGAACAGCUGCUGUGAAAAGGAGCAGAAGAAAACGUCAAGUGAGACUUUGUGUAACUCGUAGUCCGUCUGAUGGAAGCACUGUAAGUAACCCUGACAAUAUGAAGAUGUACUCUUCACUUCACGGUGUGUGUGCUGGUGAAGAUUUGCUUGCUGACAGCAAAGACAAUGGAGUUCUUUAUCUAAAUCCUCAAACACCAAACUGGAGUCUUGUAGAGAGGUUUGCUGAACUUUCACCAGCAGAAGAGGUAAAGAUGCCCAUGAAGCAAGUCCACAGGGGGGCCAUGGCACCACGUUCCAAACACGCUGAGACCAAAAACAAACAUAAUGGAUUGGCAGAUGCUUUAAAGGAGAAGGAAAUAAACUCUGUCCAACACUUAACAAAACAAAACAAGGACUCAGACCAACUGAGGUCAGCUAAUCUGAAAGAGCUAGAUGCUGAGGAAUACUCUCCUAAUGAGGAUGGAAAAGGGACCAUAAAGAGACUCAGAAAAAACCCCUCAGCAAAUAAGUCACCUAAAAAAUGUAAAGACGAUAAAGCUCCACGACUUUUGGCUGUAAUGAAAAGACGAAGUGCAGUGGACACUGAGGACCGACCUUUCAAAUGCACACACUGCCACUGGGCUUUCAAGAAACUCUGCAACCUCCAGAGCCACUUGCAAACACACUCUGGCCUCAAGCCACAUGUGUGUGACAUAUGUGGCAAGGCUUACUCACAUCAGGGCACUCUGCAGCAGCACAAGCGUCUGCACACUGGGGAAAGGCCGUAUCGCUGUCCCUUCUGUGACAAAACAUACAUCUGGUCCUCAGAUUACCGCAAGCACAUCCGCACACACACCGGCGAGAAGCCCUACAUCUGUGAAACAUGCGACAAGGAUUUUAUCCGCUCCUCCGACCUGAGGAAGCAUGAGCGGAACAUGCACACCAACAACAAGCCUUUCCCAUGUACGCACUGUGGCAAGACCUUCAACAAACCUCUCUCCCUGAAGCGCCACGAGCGCAAGCACCUUGGAGAAAGGCCCUUCUCCUGUCCGGACUGUGGCAAAGCAUUCGCUCUGGCCAGCCGCAUGGCCGAGCACCAGAAGGUCCACAUGGGAGUUCGGCCGUUUGUUUGCUCCGUGUGCUCCAAAUGCUUCACAAAAUCCUCCAAUCUAACGGAGCACAAAGCCAUUCACAGUGGAGUGCGGCCUCAUAAGUGUGGGGAGUGCGGCGUGGCGUUCGCCAUGGCUUCCCGCCUGGUUCGUCACCAGUUCAUUCACAACAACCAGAAGCCGUACGGCUGCACGGGCUGUGGCAAGAACUUCAGCCACCUCACGCAGCUGAAGCUCCACCAGGAGCAAACCUGCGCCGGCAGGAUCUUUGUCUGUGUAGAGUGUGACAAAUCUUUCCAGUGUGCCACAAAGCUUGCACAGCAUGUGGCGGAGCACAAAGAGAAAACAAUGUGACCCCAAUAAACAGGGUAUGAUGUUUAACCCAUAUGUCAGAAAUCUUCAUCCAGUACAGAAGAGCAUCGUAAGAUUAAAUGUAUUUAAUAAUUUAGUGAAAUGUAGAUAACGGUCCUGCAUGAGGGUAGGUUGCACAAAAUGAUGUCUGACAGAGCCAUGAAACUUUCAGGUUUCCUCUGUUUUUACUUUUGUUUUCCAAAAUCAGAUCAGGAAAUAUAGAAAGCAUUUCUCAAAUAAUGAUUCCAUUUAUGAAUGGGAGAAACGGCCAAGGCCACCUGGCCCUAUAAGAAAAUGUCCUGAGCCCGAAAUCUAAAUCUGGCAAUGAGUUUUAAAAUUGCUGUGGUGGAAUUUUGGCGCAACUUUCUUUUCGAAAUUGUUUUUGUUGGUGUACUUUGGAUCAUUGUACAAGUAUGCUUGAACUUAAGAUCAAGCAUACUUGCUGGAUGUUCUCUUACAGUAUUUUUAGGUUGAGGGUUUUAUUCCAGGUUCAGUCAAAUAGAGCAUGUUGUCCAGGACCUGAAGCAGCAAAGCAGAACUUUAUACAUUCCAAAAAGUUCCACUUUUGCCUUUUACAGCUCAUACAAUAUUUUAUUAAAAGUCUUGGGGCUUAUGAAAAUGUCUUAUAGUAAAUUUCAGGCCCGUGUUUUGUUUAGGUCAGCCAUGGUGUUAAUCCUGAAACUCUUCUAUGGUUGCCAGACAAGUGAGGCCAGCAAUAUUUUAAUGUUGUUCUGUUUUGAUUUUUUGUGACCCUUGGAUGAUUUACAGAAACACUGUUAGAGUAAUCGUGGAAGGCCAGCCACUCCUGCGCUGGUUUGUGUAACUCCUUCUACACUGAUAGAUGCCACUGACUUUGUUUCUCUUAACCAAAACCAAUUCAAUGGACUUGGUAGAAUUAGCAGCAAAGGAAGACUCUGUUGAGCUUGACAUACUUUUUGAUAUCUUUGAUUCUUUUUCUCAUUGUCAGACAGAUUAUACUUAAGAGAUUUCUAAAUUCUUCAAGUCUGGCAGAAAUAAAGAUAGAGGAAUUGAAAUAAAUUAAAUCACCAUUUAACAAAGAAGAAUAUUACCUUUUCACACUGGGUCAGGUGGAUUUGGGUUACUCUACCCCCUAAUAACUGAAAUCAUUUGAAAACUGCUUUUUGUAUUUACUAUUGUAUUACAUUUUUUAUUUUUUUUGAUGAUCCGAAACAUUCAAGUUGGACAAAAAAGAGAGUACUUUGAAAAAAGGUAAGGACAAAUACUUUUUCACAGUACUGCAUGUAAUUAGAUUGCAUUUAUAAUUACAAAUAGAUAAAAAUUAAAACCUCACACACUCCUACCCCGGUGGGGGUGGGUUCGCAUCAGGGCUAAAAAUUUCCACCAACCCAGCUCUGAUAUUGGAGCUAGCAGUGAUGUGAAACCGCUUACGGUGUUAGGCUGUUAUUAAUGUGAGAAUCCACGUGUAACUGAUAAUACGCACAACUUUUUCUCUUUGCAUAUUGGCUCACAAAUAAAGUAGCGCCAACUGACAAAGACUUGGCUUUGAAUAAUUUGUUCUGACUUGAGUGUGGCGUCAUUUCUCUCUCUUGUAUCUAAACAUACACUGAAAUCAAACUGUCCUUUUCUGAACAGCAUAACUCAUCUAAACGAAACUCAGACAUAUAGCAGCUGUUGUAAGGUGCGGGACAUUCUUCAAACUCUAGGGUAAAAAAAAAAAAAACAUUUUGUUUUUUUAACCAGAAAGCUACUCACACUAACUGGAAAGUGUGGGGUGUGCAGUGAUUGGACUGUUCCUGCUGGUAGAGUAAUGCAACUUACCAAAAACUCUACAUAAGCAACUUUUUCAUAAGCCGAGACCUUACAUAGUGUUAGCUGUAGCUGUUUCUUUUCCACCAUUAGCGUAUUUAUCAGCACAUUCAUGAUGUUGAUUGUCAGCGCUAAGACCCUCCUCCUGGCUCUGAUUGGUUGUUUUCGGUCGGGAGCGGUGCAUUUCUUUAGUCGAAGAUGGGAAUUCUCAAAGACAACCGUUAGUCAUGUUUGGAAUGGGAGGUGGGGGAGUUGGGUUGUCACGUGAAGUAUUGAUUAGGUUUUGCAAAAUGUUGUGUCAAUGUUACCUUUAUCUGUCGCUUACAAGGCCAUUCAUUUUACAAGCAGAAGUAAAAAUAUAAUUUAUUCUAUUUUGUCUAAAUCUCAGUGUUAUAAUUCAGCCAUGCUGUUUCAAAUGCAGCGUAUUAAAAAUAUACUGUUCACACUUUA